AUGACGGCUGGCUUACGCGCCAAACCGGAACCCAUGGUCAUCGCCAUGUGCCAGGCCGCCAAGAGCGGCGACGUGGGACACCUCAAAGGCUUCGUCUCGGAAGGGGUCAAUAUCAACGGCCAGAACGAAGAAGGAUAUACGCCGCUCAUAUGUGCCAUCAGAGCCAACCAGAGGAAAGCCGUCGAAUUUCUCGUCAAAUCCGGAGUUGAUCGAUCAAUGAAAGAUUCUUGUAGUGGCAAGAAGAAGCCCCCCCUAUUCCAUGCCGCCGAAUGCGGCUUUGUGCCAAUCGCUGAGUAUCUCAUCAAUCAUGGUUUCGAGAUGAGAGAGCGUUCGUGGUCAGGGCAACCGUACUUCAUCGAGGUGGCGAACAGCGACCAGCUGGAUAUAAUCAAACUUUUCUUGCGACGAGGCUGCGACGCCAACACAGCUGCUAUCAGUGGCCGCACCAUCUUCAUCCACGCCAUACUCAGCGGCAGUCUUCCACACAUAAAGCUUCUGAAAGAAUAUGGCGCCGAUGUCAAUGCUCGAGAUAUCAGCGGGCAGCCUGCACUACAUAUGGCUUUAGGUCAGAACCGGAUGGACAUUGUCACAUUCCUCCUAGAGCACGGCGCAGACCCAAACACCAUGGACCUCACUGGAAGCACGAUGAUCAUCUCCGCCCUUCACAAAAAGAAGUAUGAUCUUGUCAAGACUUUGCUAUCCCGAGGCGCCGAUCCGAAUGCCACAGGGUUGAUGGGCAAAGGUAUACUAUGGACCUUGCUGCAAAAUAAAGAUAUGGAGGAGGGAAUUAAGAUUGAACUCAUCAAGUCGCUCCUGGCACGAGGGGCCAACCCAAAUCAAGUCGAUAAUUGGGGAGAAUCCAUUAUGAGCAUGGUUAUCACCUUAGGCAACACCGAACUUCUGCGCAUGUUUCUUGCUCACGGCGGCAGUCCGAACAAGAAAGUCAAGGAUACAACAUUCUUACUCUACGCCAUCGAUCAGAAUAGACACGAGGACGUCAAAAUUCUGCUCCUACACGGAGCGAACCCAAACGAAGCAGAUACCAAGGGCAGAACCCCCUUGGUUGAAGCGCUUCAGACGGAAAACCACGCCAUUUUACAAGCAGUCCUCGCCCACGGCGCAGAUGUCAACAAAAUGGGUCAAAUCAAGCCGUUGGCAUUGGCAAGGCUGCUUCAGAAUCAGGAGACCAUCAAGUCGCUGACGGACCGCGGUGCCCAGGCCCCAGAGCGGCCGGCGGCGGCGAGAGCACCGUCAACGCCUAUCAGUCCGAGGCGGCCAGUCUCGUCGUCUACCCAGAGCAGACCAGUUGAAAGUGCGACAGAUAUGCCGCCGCCCUACGUGGAGACCAGUGGCUUGCAGGAAGCUGGGGCAUCGAGCCCGCCAAGCAGCGCCAGGGGACUCGUACAAGUUGGCUCUCUCAGCUUGCAAAAGUCAAUGUAA